CGCUUUAAGUCAACAGUCGCUCGAUAUUCUUAUAGCAAGCCACUACAAAAUCUCUAAAAGAAGGAAAAACAUGUCUCUGACAAUUACCAAAGAUGUUUCCACCCCUGAGCUCAAGGAUCUGAGCACCGUGCGCAAUGAACAAAAGGAGUUGAAUCUCUCUCCAGUGCAUCGGUUGAAUGUGAGCCAUGCCACGGCAACAUUUGGCAUGGGAUGUUUCUGGGGCGCUGAAUCGCUGUAUGGCGCAACGCGGGGAGUGCUGCGUACCACAGUGGGCUAUGCCGGCGGCAGCUCCGAAUUGCCAACGUACCGUAAAAUGGGUGACCACACGGAGGUUCUGGAAAUCGACUAUGAUCCCACGGUGAUCAGUUUCAAGGACCUGCUUGACCUGUUCUGGAACAACCAUGAGUACGGUCUGACCACGCCUAUUAAACGUCAAUAUGCCUCGUUGAUUCUCUAUCACGAUGAUAACCAGAAGCAAAUUGCUGAAGCCUCCAAAUUGGAAGAACAGGAGCGUCGUGCUCCGGAGGUGAUUACCACGGACAUUGCACCCAAGGAGAACUUUUAUGCGGCUGAGGCUUACCAUCAAAAGUACAGACUGCAGGGUCAUAAGGAUCUGGCCGCUUCCCUUAAUCUCAACACCCAACUGUUGCAGAGCAGCUAUGUGGCCACUAAACUGAACGGUUAUCUGGCUGGAGUCGGAGGCAUCGAGCAGUUCAAGUCUGAGGUGGACACUAUGGGACUGACUCCCACCCAGCGUCAAUAUUGCAACUAUCACAUUGAGCAGAACGAGGGCCAGGGUCUCUACUGCUGACCGCGAUUCAUAGACGUUAAGCGUAGAUCUUAUACUUAGGGGGUAAUACGAGUACUACAGAAUAUUAUUAAUUUUAACACUGUGCUUGACUUUUAACUUUUUGUUUAUGUUUAAAACAAAGUGUGUAUUAUUUAGACUUAAAUGAAUAUGAUAAUAAUAAAAAUAAACAACCUAACUCUA